AUGAACGGUGACACAAGUGAAUCAAGAUGUCCUUUAUGGGGGCGGCUGGGAUGCGCUCGCGGCGUAUGUGCAAGGUUCUGCAGAAGACGAUUUCGACGAAGAAUUGCUCCCGAGCACGCCACCAGCAAUGGCAAAGCUUCUAGCAGAAGUCGCGAGUCCCGGCGGCGCAUAAACCAUCCACCAGCAGCUCUGUACAGCACUUUAGGCGAGCGAGUCCGUACCACUGCACCUUCUGCGCUACAGUGCGCCCUGUUCUGCGGCGGUGCAAGGUGCCAGUAUGAGCUUCCAUUGCAGCGGGUUGCUGCAAUACAGGGACUGUACUCCGAUUGGAUCACAGACGAUAUAUUGGCGAUGGCACGUCCCAGCACUGCCAGUAUCGCCGCCCGGAAUAUCAUACAACAAUUCCACAGUUGGGGCAUUCGCACUGUGAUCAACCUACAGAUGCCUGGUGAACACGCCAGCUGCGGUCCACCUCUCACCAAGUCCGGCUUUACAUACGAUCCAGUUGUGUUCAUGGCCAACGAUAUAUAUUAUUACAACUUCGCGUGGCCAGAUUACGGGGAGGCAAGCCUGAGUGGGCUACUCGAUAUGGCUAAAGUCUUGUCGUUCGCGCUUCAAGAAGGAAGAGUUGCCGUUCAUUGCCAUGCAGGCUUAGGACGAACAGGCGUUCUCAUAGCUUGCUACCUGGUAUACUCUUUGCGGGUGCGGGCAAAUGACGCUAUCAGAUUAGUACGUAAGAAGAGACCAAAAUCCGUCCAAACUUCUGGCCAAAUACUAUGCGUGCAGCAGUUCGAGCACUACUUACUGCCACAGACCGUUGUGUUCAGUUCUAAGGAUCCAAUAAUGUUAACCAAAGACCACAAGACAGCUGAGUUCACUUUACGCCAACACUUGUACAGGCAGCGGGCGACACUCCACGGCCUGGAAGAAAGGGCUUUUAAGGAAUUACCUAAGAUUGUCUACUGCAUAUGUGAACGCCUUCUAAAACUGUGUGGAUGCCAAAAGAGUCUCGGGAUCGACUUCCGCGUGAGGAAUCGACCAUUCUAUAAGUCAUUUCUCGCAUUUCGGCUGAAGCAAUCUCGGCUGCCGGACCCCACCACACCAGAGGAAGUUCUAACAGAUCAAGUAGCAGCCCUACCGAUGUUGGAGUGGCGAGAUCCAGUGGAAGAAGAUAUUGAACGAAACCUGGAGUCGGUUAGCAGAAUUACUGGCGCCUCCAACGGUAACUUGGCUGCGUCUCAGGUCCACGAGGCGUUCGCCGUGGACCAUCACAGUCUUCCAGAUGAUAAGCUCAAAUAUCUUAAGCAACUACGAACUGACAUCAAUCAGAGGAGAGAUGCUAUCAACAGGAUCGACGAGGAGGAAGACCCAGCAGUACUUACGUGGCUGUUGUGCGAGUGGCUGGAAGGUCUGAAGCAACCAGUGCUGGACCGAGACGACCUCGCCGCCAUAGUGGGUCGUGGUCAGAAUGUGGAGUCCUGUUUGCUGACGCUAUGUAUGGAGGAUGCAAUUCUCUUAGAAUAUCUACUGCGCUUCGUAACCCGCCUUAGACCGCUGGCGGCCACCAAAAAAAUUGAUAUUUUAAAACGUCUCCUCGCUUCCCUCUCGCAUCAGACCAUCCUGAUCAGCGGCCGAUGUCUUCCAACACACAAGGACUACUCGCGUCUGAGAGAUGGAACUUGCACCCAAGUGGUGAACUUCUUUUUAAGAAUGAUAGUGGAACUCCAAAGGGAUAUGAUGAAGCCGGGAAGAGAUGACGCCGACGUAGUAAUUCCGAUGAGAAGGUUUAGAUUAAAGGCCUGGAAAUAGUAUAUAUCUAUUUAUUUUCCUAUUUUACAUGAAUACUUUAAAUAUAUGGAUUAAAUUUUAAAAAAAUCUUCACAUAUUCAA